AUGAUAAACUAUUAUUUUAUAGUCAUAGAUGAUUUACUCCCAAUCUCAAAUAAUGGUAAACCUUUGUAUACUUAUUCCAAAGGUAACGAUGAAUUAUGGCCAUGUAUCAUUGAAAAGGCUGAAACGAUCUUUAGUGAUGCACUCACAGGAUGGAUACCUGAAAUAUUUUUGAUUGAAGAUGAGGAAUUUGAAAAAGAGCACACAUGGAAUAAAUUAUUAAAUGGACAAAGAAAUGGUCAUGCAUUGGUUACAAUAGCUACUGGUAAAGAAGAAUCAAAACUUAUAUGUGUUGGACUUUUUACUGCACAUUGUUAUGCAGUUUUAGACGUGCAAGAAAUUGGUGGAUUAAGACUAUUACGGGUAUAA